UUCUUUUAUAUUCCAUUUUUCAUUUUUUCUUGUUUGGGUUUCUCGCGUUUUUCCUCUCUGUUUCCUCCUUCCGAUUCCCUCGUGGAAACCGAGCUCCCCCUCUCCUCAGAUUCAUCUCGUUGACCUACCCCAAAGCCCCAUCUCCAUUCAUCAAUCGCUCGUGAUUCUUUUGAUCUGUAGUUUCCGGUUUCAAUUUCCCUCUUCGGACGCCGAUUCUCUGCUUUCCGAAGAAGAAAUGAUGCUUAUCGGACUCUAGGCUGUUGCGAUUCUUCGUUGUUCGUCUCCGCAACCAACCUGCUUCAAAUCCUAAACUACCUACUCAAAUUCGCAAUCAUGGCUAUCCGUGUUACUCUCUCUUACUCUGGCUAUGUCGCCCAAAACCUUGCCUCCUCCACCGGCCUUCGGGCUGGUAACUGCCGCGUCUUUCAGGAGUUUUGGGUCCGAUCUUGUAUUUUUGGCUCGACCCAUAAUCCAGAGCUCAAAUCUGCUGGAAGCGCGCGCAAUUAUCGGUCCGAUAGCCGGCGGUUCAAACCGAGUGGCUCUAUGAAGAAGCCAGCUUCUAUGUACAGCACCCUUGCCGGAGAAAUGGUUGGGGAAAAUCCAAAGAGUCCUGUGGUUCUGGGUUUGAUGUCGAUGCUGAAAUCGGUGGCUUCUGCUUCUGGUUCUUCUUCGAUUACUACGGGGAUUUUUGGGGCUUCUUCGUUUAAAGCCACUUCGAUUAUACCAUUUCUACAAGGAUCGAAGUGGCUUCCCGGUUACGAUAUACGAUCUCAUGUAAGCGACGACGUGGAUAAAGGCGGCGGAACAAUUGUUAGUGAUUAUGAUGGAAUUGGGAGCAACCAGAUUUAUGAGAAUGAUUUUGAGAAGAGCAGCUGGGUUUCGCGCUUGUUGAGUACCUACUCUGAGGACGCGAAGGCUCUGUUUACGGCUUUGACUGUUAGUGUGCUCUUUAAAUCGUUCUUGGCGGAGCCAAAAUCGAUUCCUUCUUCUUCUAUGUAUCCUACUCUGGAAGUAGGAGAUCGCGUUUUAGCGGAAAAGGUUUCAUACUUUUUCAGGAAACCUGAAGUUUCAGAUAUAGUGGUCUUUAAAGCUCCUCAAAUCUUGCAGGAAAUCGGAGUUAGUUCAAGUGAGGUGUUUAUUAAGAGAGUCGUGGCUACGUCUGGCGAUGUGGUUGAAGUUCUUAAAGGGAAAUUGGUGGUGAACGGUGUUGUUCAAGAUGAGGACUUCAUCUUAGAGCCAAUUGCUUAUGAGAUGGAUCCGUUGGUUGUGCCUGAAGGUUAUGUGUAUGUUAUGGGAGACAACCGUAACAAUAGUUGUGAUUCUCAUAACUGGGGUCCACUCGCUAUUGAAAAUAUUGUUGGUAGAUCAUUGUUCAAGUAUUGGCCUCCUCCCCCCAAAGGGUCCAGUAUGGCAGAUUCACCUCAUGCAAGCAAGAUAAAACUGGGGAUUUCCUGACACAAUGCCCUUGGUACUAUCCUACCCUGUCAUACCUCCAUAGGGACAAAGUCCCCCCAUUCGGUCCCGAUUCCUGAAAUAUCUUUGCAUAUAAAACUUGGAUGGACUACAUGUCCAAACGGUGUGUAUUAAUGAAAGUAACUCGUCCCUCGUGGUGUUGUAACCUAUGCUAUUCUUCAUCCAAAUUGGGACAAGAAACAAAAAAUUGAAAAAAAAAAGAAGAAAAGAAAGGAAAAAAGUAGAGGGGAACUCAUCUUUAGCCUCCCAACUCUGUAUUCUGGAACCUUAGUUUUCAAGUCUUUGAAGGGUUUGCGUGUUCCAGGAACUGUCAAAAAGGCUAGGGGAUGAGCAUUGCUCAACUUCAGCUCGCUCUAUUGCUUCAGUCAUUGUGGACAUGUGGCUGAGACGAAAGGAGACAUACGCAGCAAAUUUAUCGUAGUAAUGAACAAAUUUCAUAGUAAUGUUUGUUUAUUUUCGUGUGUUUUGUGCUGUACUUUCACUUUCCUGUAACUAUGAAAGAAGAAGAAGAUGGAAUAUGUUUAUUUGAAUAUAUAGACAUUUUAAGAUAA